AUGUCAAAAUUUAAAAUUAUAAUUUAUUCAGUUUUAAUUGUAUAAAUAACCAUAUAACAAUGUGGGUAAGAGUGCUAAACUUGUAGUUCUGGUUAAAAACCUAUUUGCAUUUAUUGUGAACCUGGUUAUGAACUUAGCAGUGGUAUUUGUAUUUACUAAGGUUGCUCGCCUAGUUAAUACUUUUAAAUAAGUGAAAAUGAAGAAGAUAAUUCUGUUGGAGGUUGCUCAUCUAUUUGCAAUCCACUAUUUAAUGCUGAUGAAUAAACAAAUACUUGUAAAAAAUUAGUUUAGUGUUCUUCAAUUCACUCAACUUAACCUAACUUCUUGAAUCCUGGUAUUCCAACAGAUUUUUUUAUAUACCAAUAAUCUUAUUAUGUGACUUUGUAAUAAGGAUAUCUCUCAAUAUAUGACAGAUAAUCAUUAGGUUUGAUAAAAAAUCUUAGCUAUGAUUAAGAUGACUUAACUAUUUUAAGCAUAAAAUGUUAAAUAGUUGUUAUUAAAAAAGACUUUUCAAUCAAUGUUUGGGAUAUAACAAAUGAGCGUAGAUAUAUUGUUGAUUAACCUGAUGACCUUUUCUAUUUUAAAUCAAACAAAUAUGCUUUCAAUAAUUCCGUCAACGAAUUCAAUCAACAUUUAAUCAUUCUAAAUUAACAAAAUCUAAUUGAUUACAAUAUUAUCUCUAAAGAAUAAAAUAUUAUUUUAAGCGAAGUGUAAGUUAUCACAGAUUUUGAUAUUGGUAACUUUUCAGGAAAUAAUAAUUAGCUUCUUAUUCUUUCUAACUAAUCAACACUAGAACUAUACAAUAUUGAUGACAAUAUUUAUGAAUAAAUUUAAAUAAUUACUUUGAAAUUUUAAAGCAAAUCACUGAAAAAAAUACCUAUUUCUUAUAAUACAUAGUAAUAGGAGUAUAUAGCAAAUUUCGAAAUCGCAUUCUUUUCUUCUACUUCAAUUUAAAUUAUUAGAGAGAGUAGUAUCUAAAAGUAGUUUUUAGAAACAACAAUUAUUGAAAACUAUAAUCUUCCUUUUCCCACUCCUACUUCGCAAGUAAAUUCCCUUACAUAUGUUUACUCUCCAUAGAUUUUAAUCUCUUGCCACCAAAACGGAGAUAUAAUCUUCUAUGAUGCAUCAAGGUAAAGCAAUAUUAAUCUUAUUUAAAAAUUGAGUUUUGAUAACUAAGAAUGUACUUAGUUAUAAAGAUUCUCUGAUAACAAAAUAGCAGCAUUAGUUGGUUAAAACUUAUUACUAAUUGAUCCAUCUUAAUAAAUAAUUAUAAAUUAAUUAGUUAAUUUAGUAAGCAUUGUCCAAAUAACUUCAAAUUAAGAUAAAUUAGCAAUAAACUAUAAUAACUGCGUUUAAAUAAUUUCUUCAGAAUUUGUUAGUCUUUUUUUUGAAUGUUAAACUGAUUUUUCAAGUAAUAAUUUAAAUAUAGCUCUCAAUUAUGAUUUGAAAAUCUACUUACAAAAACAAAAUUAAAUAUCAGUUUACUAAAUUGAUCUACAAAAAAACAACACUUAAUUACUAUAUUCAAUAUCUACAACAUAUCCUAUUCAGCAUUUUAGCACAGUUUCAAUAUUUGAAACAGAUUAAGAUACAAUAUUAAAUAGUUAUUUUAUUGACGAGAUUAUAUAUUUUGAUACUUAAAGUAACUUUAAUACUUGCACGACAACUCUAUAAAUUACUUACACUAUAUAAGUAAGCUUAAUAAAUGAACUUAUUUCUGUGAAAAGAGUAAUUAAUGAUGCUUCUGUAUACUUUUUAGCAGGAUAUUAACCAAGUUAAGGAAUGUAUAGAAUUUUCUUGGUUUCAAAAAGUUUAGCAAGUUAUAUUUAAUUUUCUACUAUCCCUUAUCUACCUGUUAUAGACUAUCCUAAGAAAAUUGUGAAUGGAUAUGGAACUGUACUCUACACUAUUAAUAGAUCAAUUAUAUUAAGCUUUUUUACUCUAUUUAAAGAUUAUUAAAUUGAUAUAAACAAAAAUAUUACAUAUAUUACUGGUCAUGAAUAUCUUAAUAAUGAUAAAUAAUCAGCAUCUUAAAAUAAUAUGAUUGGACCUCCUUUAAAUUUCAUGAGCUACAUUGGUACUAAUUCAGGUUUGAUUUAUACUGCUAAAAUAUAAAAAGACAGAUAUAUUGAGAUCCCAACAUUUUAAGUACUAUCAAUCAGCUAAGUGAAUGAUUAAAUACUUGAAAUUAUUUAAAGUGCACAUCUAGGAAUAGCAUUAUUUGUUGGAAUUAAAAUUAACUACUUUAUGCUUUAUAUGGUAAGACUUCCUAAAAAUAUUACUAUAAAGGAAUGA